CACUGGAUUUAACGCGAGCGUCCCCGAACUUCGUGCGGGACUUCCCUCCCCACCUGGGACCGCGUCGCCCAGUUGACAGACGGGCUCUCCGCUGCUCGAGCUUCCGCGGCCGUGGUCAUACCUUCCCCCAAAUGGAUCUGACAAUAUCUUGGGUUUUGUUUCUCCUCCGUGCAGUCGCCGUGAAUUGCGGCCCCGGGCCGCUGGUGGACGUAGUUGUCGAUCGGUACGAUAUACCGAAGGUUUGUCCCCGAGAGGUGCAAAUAGAAGACUUCAUCCGUUAUCACUUCAACGGUACUUUCUUUACGGACGGGAAGACGUUUGACUCCAGUCAUAACCGAGGCAAGGCCCUGAUCAGCCAGGUCGGCCUGGGCCGACUCAUCAUGGGGAUGGACCGCGGUCUUCAGGGCAUGUGUGUCAACGAACGCAGGAGGAUCACGGUCCCCCCACACUUGGCCUAUGGAAGCGUGGGAACAGGUGGUGUAAUUCCUGGCGACGCUGUGCUGGUGUACGAUGUUCUCCUGCUGGACAUAUGGAACUCUCGGGACAAGGUCGAGAUCCGCACGAUCAAGAGGCCUGCGAGUUGCAAACGCACCACCGUGGCAUCAGAUUUUAUCCGUUACCACUAUAACGGCAGCCUGCUCUCUGGUGAAGCCUUUGACUCCAGUUACUCGAGGAACGCAACCUAUGACACCUACCUGGGACAGGGUGACCUCAUCAAAGGCAUGGAAGAGGGUCUCAAGGGCAUGUGUGUUGGAGAGAGACGGAUCAUCAUCAUCCCACCCUUCCUGGCGUAUGGAGAGAACGGCCAGGGAACUCUGGUCCCUCCUCAGGCCACACUGGUGUAUGAGGUGCAGCUGGUUGAUCUGUUCAACCCCAAGGAUGAUCUGAUUGUGAAGGUGAAGGAGGUGCCCGAAGGCUGCACCCGCAGGACGGUGACUGGAGAUUACAUCCGCUACCACUACAACGGUACCUUCCAGGACGGCACAGUCUUCGACUCGAGCUACCAGCGAAAUAGCACCUACAACACCUACAUUGGGCUGGGAUACGUGAUCGAAGGGAUGGACAAAGCACUGCGAGGGGUGUGCAUCGGAGAGAAAAGGAGGAUUACAAUUCCUCCUCACAUGGCGUAUGGUGAACAAGGAGUUGGAGACUUCAUUCCUGGCUCUGCUGUGCUGGUCUUUGACAUUCACGUCAUUGAUUUCCACAACCCCAAAGACCCGGUCCAGAUUAAAGUUACCCACAAGCCUCAGGAAUGCAACACGACUAGUGAAGCUGACGAUCUGAUUCAGUAUCAUUACAAUUGCUCCUUGAUGGACGGCACCCUGCUGUACUCCUCGGACCAGUACGACUCACCUUCCGUUACGACUCUCGGAGCAAACCUGGUGAUCAAAGGUCUUGAGGAAGGUUUGAGUGGCAUGUGUGUAGGUGAAAGGAGGGAGGUGGUCAUCCCUCCCCACUGGGGGCACGGUGAAAACGGAGCUGGAGGAGUCCCCAGGAGUGCCGUGCUCUUCUUUGAGCUGUUGUUGGUGGAGCUGCAGAAGGGUGUGCCCGAAGGUUACAUGUUUGUGUGGCUAGGAGACAGCCCGGACCCCCUCUUUCCUGCCAUGGACCUCAAUGGUGACAAAGAGGUCCCUCUGGAGGAGUUUUCAUCCUUCAUCAUGAUCCAAGUCAAAGAGGGCAAAGGUCGUCUCAAGCCAGGGGCCGAUGCCAACAGCAUCAUUAAGGACAUGUUCAAUAACCAGGACCGCAAUACAGAUGGGAAGAUUGUAGAAGAUGAACUGUCUGAACACGUGAGACGAGAUGAGUUGUAAGGGGGACAUACAGUAUUUCAGUGCUGGUAAGAAACAGGCAUGCACUGGAUGGGGUUGUACUGUCAUCUUAGCGACAGUCGUGCCACUAUUUUUAAAAUUUUUCAGAUAUUGAAACAUUGUUUAGCCUUUAUUUAAGGCAUUCAGGUAGUCUGCUUUGCUAGAUUCUAUCAAUAUAUGCUAAAGAUAUCUCACACCUGUGUCAGUGGAACCACAUCGACAGCACAAGGAAACAUCUGUAUUUUAGGGGUCGGUGUGUUUUGUACAGAAAACGUGUUUGAAAAUGUGAACUAAAGAAAUAUCAUCUGUAGAGAAAAUAUGUUCCCCUCAAAAAAAAAAAAAAAAAUCUUGAGCUUGGACUCAAGUAUUUCCAUCAAACUACCUAAUGAACAUUUGGGGUGGGCCCAUAUUCCAGGAUAUACCAUUUUAUAUAAAGUAGUCAAAUGGCUAGGUAUUGAUGCAGUCAAUGUUGUGCCUCACAUCCUUCCCUUGAUAUAAAAAUGAUGAAAAUCCA